UUGGCAAAUCAAAUGCAAAGUCGGCAACUAUGAUGUAGCACAUUAAAUUAAUUAAAGAGUUUAUAGAAGGGACCGUUGAGUUUGCAUUUAAAGCUCAUACAUACGUCUUAACUAGGCCUUACCACUGCCGUAAUUGUAAAGCAUGGCCACUCAUAACAAGUAACCAAAAUCAACAAUUAAGUUAAAUUGAAUCUAUUUCCUAAAGUCUAUAAUAUUGGUUGGUGACAUAUCAAUCUAAUCACAACCAUGGCAAAUGAUGCAGCUCUAAGAACCUCUAUACUAUGGCUAGCAGCAGUUAUAUUGGUAGUUGGUAUAUGCACAUACUCUUUCAAGAAGAUGUUUGUUACCUAUGUGUUGGGUCUUGUUGGAAUUUCUGGUGUUCUUUUACCUGAUUGGGAUUAUUUCAACCGUGAUGUUUCUCGUUGGCCUUAUCCUGUUACUGUUGAGGAAAGAUCAGCAGCUUCUCUUUCUCAUGGAUCUGUAUUUCUAAAAAUUUUCUUCUAUGAUACAGGUUUACAUGUUCUCCUCUGAGGGUGAUUGUUUAUAGCGUGGUAUAUGGAUAUUCUAUUUACAAAUGGUGGAAGUAUGUAUCUGGCUAAUUGUUGAACAUGUUUUGUGGUGGCAAUGCCAUAUUCUUUUGAAUCCCAAUUUUAGUUCUUUCUUUAUAAUAUUGUUGAUUCAAUUUGUUUGAUUUGGAGUAAUCCAAAAACCACAACAGUGAUUAUCGACAAGGUGCUUGACUUUUUAGUAGAAAAUGGAUAAUGAUUAUGAGAUUAUCCCCAUUUUCAUAUGUCAUCAAAGUCUAGCACAAGUUGUUUAUUCGUAAGAUGAGUCAGUGUUGUAAACUCUGGAAUCAAUUUGAUUCAUGCUGAUAGAAAAAUCCUCAUUUUCACAUAUGUAACAGGCUACUAAUGAUUGAUGAAUAUAGUUUUGAACUCCAAUUCUAGCUCUUAA